AACGUCAAAAUAAACUCAGUAAAUUGUUUUGAAGGUUUUGAAGAUAUUUAUGUAAUUGUUUAUUGUUGAAAUGCAUUUAAUUUUAUUAUUUCUGUUUACAUACAUAAGUUUUGCAUCUGCUUUGUUUCCUUACGUGUAUCCUGAGAUUGAACUUGCAGCAUCGCUCACUGGAGAUGCCGGGACACCAUUAUAUCUCACGCCAUUCCUGAAAAAUGGCUCCAUAGACGCGGCACAAAAGCUUUCCCGAGUGUCUUUGACUGCCAAACUCGGCUUCGAGAGCCAUGCCGGCUUCUUUACGGUGGACGAACAUUAUCAAUCUAACCUGUACUUCUGGUACUUUCCAACGUUUUCCAAAGAUCCAAAUGCACCAGUUAUCCUGUGGUUGCAAGGCGGGCCCGGCGGAAGCUCCUUAUUCGGACUGUUCACGGAAAUAGGGCCUUUAAUAGCAACUAAAAAAGGCUUCAAAUUGAGGAAGCACCACUGGGCAUUGAACAGCCAUCUUAUUUUUAUUGACAACCCUGUUGGCACAGGAUUUAGUUUCACUAACGACAAAGAAGGUUAUUGUACUGAUGAAAACUGUGUUGCACUCGGCUUGUACAAUGCUAUGCAACAAUUCUUCACCCUAUUUCCUGAUUUAAGAAGCCACAAGUUUUUUAUAACUGGGGAAUCUUAUGCGGGGAAGUAUAUACCAGCUUUAGGUAUGGUGAUACAUAAUCGGAAUCCUAAAGCUGUUAAUAAAAUUAACCUACAAGGUAUGGCAAUGGGAAAUGCUUACUGUGAUCCCGCUAACCAGCUAGAUUACGGUAACUACUUGUAUCAACAUGGACUUAUAGAUUAUAAUCAACUACAAGUAUUUGAGAAGUUUGAAGCGAAGAUUGCAGCUGAAAUAGGCAAAGAGAACUGGGUGCAAGCAGAUUUACUGAUGGAUCUAAUGAUGGACGGAAACGUGAAAAACUUCUCAUACUUCAAGAACUACACUGGUUUUGAUAACUAUUAUAAUUUUCUUAAAACAAGUGAAGUAGAUAUUACUAUAUUUGCCAAGUUGCUGCAGGACGACAAAGCUCGAAAGAGCAUUCAUGUUGGAAACCUGCCUUUCCACGCCGGUAAAGAAGUGCAGUUACAUUUAGCAUUGGACAUACUGAAAUCUGUAGCACCGUACGUUAAAACAUUGCUCUCUCAUUACCGAAUACUUAUAUACAACGGACAGUUAGAUAUAAUUGUUGCUUAUCCGCUAACGGAAAAGUUUCUACAGAAUUUAGACUUCAGCUCUGCCAAGGAGUAUAAAACUGCUCCGAGGAAGAUAUGGUGGGUCGAGAAUGAGGUGGCAGGGUACAGGAAGAAAGCUGGCAACUUGACAGAGCUGCUAGUGAGAAAUGCGGGCCAUAUGGUGCCACAUGAUCAGCCCAAGUGGGCAUUUGAUAUGAUCACGCGUUUUAUUCAAGACAAAAUAUGAUUCAUUACAUUAUAUACAUGACAAUAUUACACUAUACUUAUCUCAUUGUGUAGUAAAUAAUUUAAUUUAAAAACCUUGGUAUGCUGUGAAUGAAUGAGGCGCAUUAUUGUGAACCUUGUGGCAAUACCUGAAGGUUGAUAUUAGGUAGUUUUUAUUUAUUUAAUUGUAUGGCAAGAUUCGAGUCGCUUAUUAUUAGGAUAGUACGAUAUUAGGUAGUAGCCAUGCAAGUCAGUUAAUGUCUAUGGUAGCUAAGUAACAAGUUAGAAACAUUUUAGAAAUUGUAACUAAUAUGAAUCUCAUAUUUUCGAAGGUUUUAUUUACUUUAUUAUAUAAAUAUGGACCACCAUAUUUGCACCACAAGCCAAUCCACCAGGAUUGGCUUGGACAUUGUUUUUGUAUAGGUUAUGUACACUGUACGUACAGUCAGCAGCAGAAGUCGCUGUACACUCCAGGUGCUCAGAGAGAGGUAAACGUUUAAACUGUCAAAAAGUUGUUGACUGUCAUGGUAGUAUUUACUUGUGAGCGCUCAACGUGUCACAAAUAUGUUAACAGUCGCUAUUCAUUAAUUUCUAUACUUACAACAAGUCAUUGAUACCUUAGCUGUCAAAAAACCAAUGGUAUCUAAGCGGUCAACGUGUCAAAUAUAUCUGAACAAUAUGGAAAAAUAGACUUUAAAGCAUACAAGUAUGGUCGAAUAUUGAAUAAAAGAUAGCCAUGCUAAUUUCAGGUAAAGCGUUUUGACAAUCAUCGAAAGCAGUACAGUCUUGUCAUCACAUACAUCUAUCUCACGUUUUGCCCUUCAACCAUUUGACAGGAGCCUCUCGGUCAACUUACUGCAAACUAUUUCUUUUAACAGAAUCGUCAAGACGAAUGACACAUAGCAAAAGCUAACUGAAGCCGAGUUUAGAGCCAAUUGUCAAGGCACGUCGUGGUCUCAGUAACAGGCGUUUGCUUUUCAAAGCAGAGACCGCGGGUUCAAAUCUCAGUCGUACGCACCUAGAGAUUACAGCUUUUUGUUUUUUUUGGAUUUCAUUUCUAUUAUUAAUUUGUGUCUUCUAGUUUUAUGUUAAUUUCGCAUUAGUUUAUAUAAUUUUUGAAGAUAAUGUCACAUGUAGCGUAUGUACGACUUUCUAUCAGGACGUUGUAGGUUUGAACCCGCAGUGGGCGUUACUUAGAUUACUCCUGUGCGGAAUGCCAUUUGAUAUUUACUACUCAAAAAUCACGUUUGUUGUAUGGGAGCCCCACUUAAAUCUUUAUUUUAUUCUGUUUUUAGUAUUUCUUGUUACUUAUAAUAGCGUCAACAGAAAUACAUCAUUUGUGAAAAUUUGAACUGUCUAUAGCUAUCACGGUUCCUGAGAUACCGCCUGGUGACAGACGGACGGACGGACGGAUGGAUGGACAGACGGACGGACAGCAGAGUCUUAGUAAUAGGGUCCCGUUUUACCCUUUGGGUACGGAACCCUAAAAAUGCUGGUCUCUUCGAAAACUGACUAAGGUACUUGCACCUAAUAAGGCCCAGUUUUAAAGUUUGCUCAAUUUCAAAAUUUUAUACUUUUAUAAGUGUAAAUGAGUUUAAAUUUCUCGCCCAUGUUUGGUUAGUACCAUAGACAAAAUUGCAAGUUCAUAUCAAAAAUGAUAAAUAUAAAAAAUUAAGUUAAAAGUGGGCCUUAUUAGGCGCAAGUACCUUAAAUUAAAUUAAAGGAUAUGAAAACAAUGCAUUUUAUUAAUUUCAGACAUCAUGUUUCAUGUUAGUACCAUAGACAAAAUUGCAAGUUCAUAUCAAAAAUGAUAAAUAUAAAAAAUUAAGUUAAAAGUGGGCCUUAUUAGGCGCAAGUACCUUAAAUUAAAUUAAAGGAUAUGAAAACAAUGCAUUUUAUUAAUUUCAGACAUCAUGUUUCAUAGUAACAUUUAUUGCUUAAGACCUACACAAUCGAUAUCUAAAUAGAAAUAGUCUUAGUUUUAUUUUUCAAAACGUUCGGGGUUCGAUUCCCGAGCUGAGUACACAUUUUUUUUAAUGUAUGAAUGCAGUUUUUCGUGUUACUAAAAUCGAUGACAUGAUUCCUAAGAAGAGAUCGGUGUAUAUCGUAUAGUAUCAGAUUUUCCCAUACUGGCCGAUCUAAAUGGGCCACCCUGUAUAGUAUAUUUUACUACAAUAAGUGGGCUAAAUAAAUAUAUUAACAUAGGUAUAUAAUAUGAUCAACGGUUUGGAAGAAAGCUGCAUAUGACAGUUAAAAUAAAAAAACCGAUCAUUCUAGUAGGAAACCUACUUAUUUAUUGUAUAAGUUUGACACUUAACGAUAAAAUACUUCUUUAAGAAAGGAGGUGUCAAUUCGUAGUGCUACAGUAUUUAUUUUAAAGUUAAACAGAUAAAAUGUUGAUGCUUAGUUUACCAUUGAAAUAACAACUGCUUAGCAACUGGUGGCACCCUGGCUGCUGACGUACGUGAUUGGCAGUGCGUGUAGGUAUUAAUGACAGCAGCUUGAAUUUGAUUGCUUAGUUACCACUGACUUUUUAACCGUUAUUGUCAUUGUGAUUAAAUAAGGGUGUAUGUGUUAAAGAAAAACUCAGAAGUUAAGGUAUUUGUGACGAACUGAAAGCCUACGUGAAAAUGACAUCUUAGAUGUCCUUAUUUUUGUGACGAUUGAAGUGUAUAUGUUUUCUUGGACACCUUGCCCGCUCAGGUAUAUCUGCUGCUGACU